GACUCAUUUGGCAUUCGCUUAUGAACAUAGUGAUAGGCGAAAAAUGUAGCUAUGGUACACAUAACACAUAACAACCUUAUUGGCUUUUCGGGAUAUAUAGUAAACGAACAACGUUUGGUUUAAAACUUGAAGUGUGUCGUUUAGGAGUUUAUGAAUGAAUAGUUUCAUAUUUUAGUAGGUGUUUCUUUAUCUGUGUCACGAAAUCUAAUACUGUCAAUUUUGGCUGUAUCAUAGGCUGUUUGUGUUAGUGAGUGGGAUUUGGUCAUGGGAGUUUCGUUACUAUAUUCUAAGAAUGAUCGUGUAGGACUGACUCAUGGCUGAUUGAAAACAUGUAGACUCAAACCUUCGACUUGAAAUUCUUUCCGCAAAAAAAACCUGUUCCAAGUAUGAAAUAAUAUCUCUGUGAAAAUUAACAUGAUGAUGGAUUAUUGGCCAGAAUAACAUCGAGGAUUUAGAAGUAAUUCAGAUGUCAACCAAUACAAUUAAAUACAAUGAAGAUGAAGACAAAUAACAUGUUUCGAGACCAGGUCAAUUCAGUGACCACGUGGUUUGGCUCGUGGAGCACGUGCGAACAAACAGUUGUGCUGUACUCAUUACUAAAGAUGAUCCCGCCUCGUCACUGCCGAUUUCUCGUGCAGAUGUUACAGCAGCGGGUCAAGGACGACAAGGAAGUAGAAACUCAAGAGGAAGAAGCGAAUGACCCAGCGUACAUACACGGUCUACAACAAGAGACGAAAGAAAAGGCGAUUCAAGAACUCCUUGUCCAUCUUCCAUUGUUACAUUCGGGAAACACAGAGGCCAAAAAUGAGUACCUCUCGCUUAUCCCCGCCAUUCUAGCUCACUCAAUAAAGCACGGUACAUUCAUUGAGGAAAGUCGUCAGCUACUCUCCUACUCUCUCAUCCAUCCCGCGAUCACUAGCGAAGAACGCUCAAAGUUCAACUUGUGGCUGGGCCACUUGGACGAACAUUUCAGCUGUAAUUAUCACUCACCCUCAUCUCAAGGUCAGCCUGACGACACCGGAAGUCAAGGUCAAGGUCAAGGAAUGAGUCAUACUCAGAACCAGAAUCAAGGACAGGUGCCGUUCUCGCAUCAGCCAGAAAAUGGUACAAACUCUAUACGGACACAUAUGGCAUUGUCGAAACGAAGUUCAGUAGAUAGUGCACAAGUGAAUGGUUGGAAUACAGGAAAUGGAUUGUUUCAGUCCAGUGACUCGAUGAACUUGAAUGGCCUUGAAGGUCAUAACCAAGGUCAAGGUCAAAGUGGGAGUCAGGGGAGCUUGUACAUAGGUGGGCGUAGCCCCCAACUGCAGGCUGGGAGUGGCAUGGCAGGUCACAUGCCUCUCAAGCCGGCCCUCUCCGCCCCGCCAAACUUCAACACCAUGAUCCCGCCAACCUCGCUUCCCGUUUCAUCACCCAGUCACCCAAGUCAUCCUCCGCCCCAAACAUCGUCCCACCAUGCCCCCCUGCGUCGCAUGCCCUCUGUAGCACCGCCAAAAUCGUUACUCGUUACGAACACGAACAGCGUCCACGACUGGCUGCAGUCAAACGAUGUCCACCUAAUACAGGGUUCAGGGCGGCCCCUCUCUGGCUUGUCUGAUCACGCUCCUUUAUCACCCCAGAGCAGCACUGCAUCAUCUGGCAGCGCCAGUGACGGUCCGGGAGAGGAAGGGCCCCACCCCGUCCGUAACACAUUCAUGGAGGAGGCCAGUGGCAUGAGAGACGUGCCAGUAUGGUUGAAGUCCCUUCGUCUUCACAAGUAUGCGUACCUGUUCCAGCAGUUGACGUACGAGGACAUGAUGAAGAUUGACGAGGCCUGGCUCGAGCAACAGAGCGUAACGAAGGGUGCUCGCAACAAGAUCGUAAUCAGUAUUAAACGGCUGAAUGAGAGGCAGGAUGUCUUACGGAACCUGGAACGGGACAUCAGUGAAGGAGGCUCCAUUAAAUUGUGCGUCCAGGAGAUGAAGGCAAUUCUGAACUCUCCAGUGAAAGCCUUUCACAAGCCUGAGCCCGAGAGCCCAUUAAAUUCUCCGGGCGCUGGCGGCGACGCUGACAACACCAUCGAGGAAGGGAACAUACCUGGGCAGCUGACGCGUCUCAUGACAAAGGUGUACUCCCAGCUGAUGUUGACCAGUCCGUAUGAUGACGAGGGAUUGAACAUGUACCUUCAACUCAUAGACAAGUGCAUUAACCACGAGGCCUUUUCCCAGAAGCAAAAGCGACUACUGGACACAUUUAAACAACAGGCCCGGAAAAUCUGGCAGCCGGCGCCAGUUAAAUAUGGAUAUGACAAGAAACCAAGGCCAAAUUGGGGCAACACCUUUCCAAUGCAAAAUUCCUACAGCACCCGCCCGAUCUCCCGCCAGGGCGUUAAGCCCCCUGUUACACAGCAGCACAGUCUAGGGACCCAGUGGAGUUUUGGGGCUCGACGCUCGGUGAUCGGAGGAGGCAUGGUGAACCCCGCCCACUUGCAGCUACAGAGAAAUAAUUCUCACAAUACUGCUGUCUUCUCAAGGCCAGGGGUUAUGGAGCCACAAGGGCCAAUGAAGCAGCCCAUCACGCGGACUCAGUCCGCUCCUCUACGAUCACAGGGUUUCCCGUACACGGGAAUGUCCAUCAACGAUACGCCCACAGCUACGGACACUGAGAUUAAUGCUCGGCUUGACUCACUGUGUCGGAGCGUUACCGAGUGUGCUCUUAGUGGAUCAGAUGGUAACGAGCGGGGCUCAGCCUACUGAUCUACUGCGAAGCUAGAAAACUGCCACACUUCAAGUGCUUUAUUGUACAGAUUCCGGUCCUAUUUCACCUGAACCUGUACAGAUUCCAAUCUUAUUACAACUGUACAGACUCCGAUCUUAUUUCACCUGUUCAUAGUGUUUGUGUUGAAAUCCUGCUGUGUUUUCCAUUUUUAUACUCUUAAAAUUUGAAGUUUAUGGGACAUCUUAGUUCUUGUUCUAAAGCUUGUUAACUCUCGUCAAUGAGUUGGACCCAAGUUCUUGUGAUGAAGUACAUGAAUAUAUGUUUAAUGUGUGUGAAAUGUUUUGUACCAAUCAAGGGGCAUUACUGGCCCAAACAUCACAAAAUGGCUUAAGUCAAAUCUCAACUCACUGCAACAUAACAUUAAAAGUUAUUGAAACUACUAUAUUUUUUUAAACUAUAUGUUUUACACUAUAUAAAAGGGCAUUCUCUAAUAGAAAAUGUUGAUUAAAAAACUUUGGUCAAGAUUCCAAAGAAAAAUUAUUCUACUGCAAAAAAUGUAAUUGAGUACAACUCGGCUUUUCGAUUUAAGUUUUAUCUUUAGAAAAGUAUAAAAUCAUUUGAAUCAUGCUAUGGGAUUAUGCGGUAUGAUGAGCUGAGAUAUGACUUAAGUAUUUUUGUAUGAUGGUUUGGCCCUGUAAGCUUUUCUUUUUCUUAAAGUAAAAUGGAUAUGACCUAGUUUAGUUAUGAUUUGCAGUAAAAAAAAAAAAGAUGUCCACUCAUAUUGUACCAUUUACGGUAAAAAUAAUACUUUUAGGUAAUAGUUUGUUAAAGAAUUGUGUUAAGUGCCUUUGUCAGAUAUUGGGCUGAGGUUCAGAAUAUUGUUAAAGUAAACAAUGCUGUUAAAGUCAUCCUUGUGAACAUUCAAAUCGGCACUGCUCUGGAAGUUUAAUGGUUACACUUGAGAUCUGCUGUAUUAUAACAUACAUGAUUUCCGACCGUUUUUUUUAUUUGAGCUGUACUUUUAAAAAAUAUUUAAAUAUGUGAGCACAUAAUCCAGUAUUUUUAAGUGAACAACAAUGUCCUUAAUCGCGUCGUUAACUUUAACAAAGUUCUAAGCAAUCAGCCCUCUGUUUCAUAAACUUAGGAGUGACAUGUAUUUAUUAUUUUUUGACAUCAAAGCAAGAUGUCUAAGUGUGGAAUCUAUAACUGUCACUUCCAAUAAACUAUUGUUUUCAAAAUUAGGCAUUUUUUUCAGUUUAGAAUUUUAGUGAGCUUAAAUAUUGCCAAUGUAACUACAAGUAUUUGCAAUUUGGUGCUUAGUCUUUUUUUAUAGCCCAUUUUAUUCAUGAAAUCACCCAAAGAUUAAAAUCAUUUUAAUCAUAUUCCUGUAGUUUUUUUCAUCUAAUAUUUCUUUGUAAUUAUAAAAGCUUCCUCUCACUUCAUUAUGUUCAAAAAAUCAUGAUUAUUUUAAAUGUGUUGAGAUCUGUGUGAUCAUGUGUUUUUAAAUGCAUGCAAACAAACUGGUCGAUUCAUCAUUGUAUUGUGUAAAGUUUGAAAUCAUGAAGCAACUUAUUGAUUGUUCAAUAACCACAAUUUCUUAUAUUUAACAAUCUACAAUUUGUUGAAUAAUUUAUUAUAAUAAUAAUAAUAAUGCUAACUUUUUUAAAAGAACACGAAAGCAUCACAUUUUAUACAAACAUUGCAGACGUCUUAUUUCCAAGUUGGCCUUCUGAACAUUAGGCGAUUUUUUUUAUGGGGAGUUUUUGUACUCAGACUUUUAAUAGACCGUAAAAGAUAAUUAUCUGCUGGAAGAGGAAGUAAUAAUAUAAAAAAAUCAAAAAAAUCUGUGUUAUUGAUUUGUGCCAGUUAACUUGACAAUUCCAUCGCAUUUGAAGUGAAAGGUGUUUGAAUUUUUAUGUCAGUUGGAAAACACUUAUUAUUCUGUAAUUCAAUACCAACAAGUUGAAGUUCAGUUCUAAAAAUUUAAAAAUGUUACUGAAAAAUAAUAAUAUCAAAAGAUGCUUUUUGUACCAAAUAUUCUCACCUCAAUUUCUUCAGAAAUCUUAUGCAUGUUUUUUUAAAAAAGUACCUUAUUUCAUUUUGCAAAUUAAAUUGCUUAAACUUGAUUCUUCCAAAAAGAAUUUCAUUUGAUUAUCUUAAAGAAGAAAAUCCAAUAAGUCUUGAGUUUUUUUUAAAGGAUAAACAUAACUCAAAUUACUGCAACACAAAUAUAGAUUUCAAAGCUUGAUAAAAAAUGUUUGAGAAAUUGGGCACUGCAAUUUAAAAACAAAAAGCUUAUAAAUUGCCUGUUAUAUUAUUUGACUUUAUUCCAUUUAAUUUAUGUGCAAGUCACAUUUCAUUUCUACACACCUUUAUCCAUCCAUAGAAACUUGAAUAAAUUGAGAUUAGUUUUUCUAGGGUAUUUGCAAGUAUUUACUUCAUUUCAUUAAAUACAGUUAAAACCCUUCGACUCGAUAUCGUUUGGCUCGAUUUCCUCGUUGGCUCGAACUGGAUGUAAAGGAUUGAUUUUUUUCUGACUGUUUUGUAAGCAUUACUGCUGGGCUCGAUAUAUUUGGGGCUUAAAAUAUUUUGGUCGGUCCUUGGGAUAUCGAGUCAUCAGGUUUCUACUGUAGACAUACGCUCACACAUUUUAUUCCUGUAUAGAUUCAUAUAGAAUUAAAAACUCAAAAUGUUGAAAACAUUAAAGAACAAUGCAAGCAAAUUUAUAGUCAGACAGUUGAAUAGGCCAGUUAGAUACAAUACAAAUGUAUAUUCUCAUAAAUGUUUUUGUUGUAUUUUGUGUGCCUUUUAUGCAAGAAAAUUAACGAGGCACGACCUUUAUACAUGUUAAGUGUCUUUGCAUUUGAACUAUGUUCAUGAUGCCCUUCUGUGUUGUGGUUUGACCUAACUUUAUAAAAUCUUAAACUAAAAAAAUUGGCCCGAGGCCCAAAUUUCUCGAAGUCUCUAAGCGCAAUAGAUUAAAGAUUAUCAUAUUUCAUUUAGCCAAUUACAAUUAUUACUGAAUUUUAUAACCCAAAACCAAAUCAAUCAUGAUUAUCUUUAUGGGGAAAAAUCCUGUAUAUUAAUUUAGUCUCAAAACUCUAUAAAGGGAGGUAAGAAUACAUUUCAUAUCAAAACAAAAAAUAUGUGUAUUGUCAGCUUGUUGUGUAAAAUAUAAAAUAUAAGGGCCUUACUUAAUAUGGUUGGAGGAAUUGGGUCCAGAUUUAUUUGUGUUUGUUAAAUGGCUCAAGUAUUUAAACUUGCUCUACCUACCUUGUGGGAUAACUUCUGUAAUUUUGUAUACAGAUAAGUUAAUGUUUUCUCUUUUUAAGUGUGUUUUUUAGUAUUAAGUCAUUUGAUAAGAUUGCAGCUUAAAAAAUGUUUCUUCCAAAAAUUGAAAAUGAUUUUUUUGUUGAACGAGUGCAUUUGUAGAUCAGUAUUUAUGUAGUUUUCACUAAUGGAGUAUUGAACUCGAGGGGUUUUGUAUGUUUGGAGUCAUUUAUGUGCCAUACGCAUAAUGUUUUCCCAAUUAUCUUAGUUUUUUUCCGCGUACAACCAGACUUCUAUCGCACCCUAUGAUCAUGUUUAUGUUACAAACCUUAAUUGAUGCCAAAGUAUGGCAGAGUUCAUGUUUAACUCUGAUUAUAUAAUUAUAUAAUUGUUUGCUUUUCUUAUAUUUGAUGCUAAAAUCAUUGAAGGAUGUUGACAGGCCUUCUGUGUUUAGAAAUUGUCACAAUUAAAUAUUGUUUUAUCUAAAAUACCUAAAGUUAUCCAAUACACAAAUAUGUAAAUUUUGGAUGCCGGGCAGCUACAUCUUGUUUUUGAAUCAUUUCAAAGGGCUUUAUGAGAAAAUAUGGAAUAAAAAGGUAAAAUUUUACUGGAAAACUAUUACAAUUUUUUUUUUAGCCCAGACAGAUUAAUACAAAAGAGGAAAUUCCUGUCUGAUCUCUGUUCAAAUAAAGAAUAAAAAUAAAAAUCUUCAGAAUUAGAAAAAUAUAUUUUAGGAAACAUUUUCAAAAGGGGUCUUAUCCCGAUUCAGGCAUGAAUCCCUUAUACUCAAACAGACCUCUGGCCAUUUUUCAUGCUUGACAAUUAUCCGCUGUAAGAGAUGCUGUAACAUGUAUGCAUUUCCUUAGUUAAGAAAAAUGUAUAUAAGAUAUAUAUAUAAAAUACAAGCUGCAGGUACAGUUAUAACUAUGUUAAAGGCUUCAAAGCUUCAAAGCUUUUUAUGUAUAUAUGUUCUGUUACUGUUAGUGCUUAAACCAUUUGAAUUGAUGUAAAAUGUCUUUAUUAUCGACAUGAAAGAUACAUGUAUGUAAUUCUCUUUCGAAUAUGCGUCAGGUAUAUUUAUUCGACUUUUUCUGAAGAUCAGUUGUCAUGAUUUUUAAUACAUGUAUGUUUCAUUUGACAGUGUGUGUGUUUUUUUAUUUAAUUUAUUUGUAAUUUAAAAUAUUUCAAAGACUGUUGAUGGUAGAGGUUUUUUUUGGUUUUAUUUUUAGUAACAAUAAUUGCACUUUGACUACUAAGAUAUGAUUGGCUUAAUAUUUGUAUAAAUAUAGAUACCUGAGAAAUUUUAACAAGGUCAGAGUGCAAGUAUAAAUAAGCUUAAACGUACUUAACUGAAUUGUACCAACUUGAAUAUAGCAACGUUAUAAAACAAAGAAUUUGGUACAAAUAAAUGAAAAAAACUUUGCCAUAAAAUCAAUACCGGUAGCUUGAUUUCAUACAUAAAUAUGAAACUGCUUGAUUUUAAAAUGAAUACGAAAUUAGAUUGAAAAUUAUUAAUCCUGAGAAAGAAAAAAUAUUAAAAAUCAUGGCUUAUAACCAGUGAUUAUUUUUGGUGCAAUUUACCGCCUUGUGAAAAAAUGUCCAUUUUUCCCAAAAUUUGAUAUUUUUUUCCAAUUUGAUUAAAGUAGAUUACCGGGGUACGUUAAUGAAUAACAAAAAGCAAUGAAUUUUUUGAAAUAUAAACAAAAUCUUGACAAUACUACUCUUUCACAGCAUAAUGUAUGCAUAAAAAAGUUAGAAUAUGACUUUUUGUAUAGUUACCAUUAUAUUAGCUAUUUCGGUUUGGCCUGAUUUUGUAUUUUUCCCAAAGUCAACUUUUUUUCCCAAUUUGCAAGGCACAGGCGGUAAAAAUAAUUCCCCAAAAAAUCACUGAUAACUGAUCUAUCUGGAAUUGACUUCCAAACAAUUUUGGUGUUGUAAUAAUGAUCCUCCGAGAGGCUUAUUUAUUUAUUAUACUUUUAUAUUAUUAUUUGUAUUUAUAUAUUAUUUUUUCAUUUGGUUCAAUUAUAUUACUGGUUGUUACUUCAUUACCGUGUAUUGAUUUUUUCACUGAUUUUCAUAUUUUUUUGAAGUUAACAUUUAAAAUGUUGGCCUCCUUGAAGUUUUUUGCGAGAAUAAAAUGUCUUCUUUGAUUAUGAACAAAUUUUCCCUGGUUUGUUUUGAGCAUUUAGGCUUUUUUGUCUGUUUCAUACAAUGGAGUGACUUUGACUUUCAAAAUAAGAUUGUUUGAAAUUAAAAUUCUUAAGUUGAAGAUGCAGAAAAAUGAAAAUUGUCAUUUAAUAAAUUUUUUAUGACAUAAAUAGUUUUUAAGAUUUUUUUUACCGGAAUAUUUUCUUUGAAGAUUUAAAUGUGACAAGUACAAUUAUCUUUUUCUUAAUUCUUCUUGGUUGGUAAAGAAAUUGCCAGUCCAAUCAUGUUUGUUUUGCAUGAUUUCAAUAUGGACAUUGAAUGUUUCAAAGAAAGAAGUCAAGCAGUUAUCUAUCAGUGUUAAAUUACCAUUUUGACUUCUUAUAUUGUCAAAAUAGGGCUGGAAUUUUUAAAACAUGUUAAGCUGUUUCCCAACUUAAGUAAUUAUUUUGAAGGGUUUUAUUUUUCAAUCAGUAUAUACAAAAAUUUCUAACAUAAGGAAGUUUACUUUAAGAUAAGUCAAAUAAAAAAAAAGUAUUCCAGAAUUGAUCAAGAUUGAUAUUAUACAAUUAUUUUAUCAUACGACCAGUAAGAUACUAUAAGGAAAAUGACUUGUUAGGAGAUCACUUGAGAUGUUAUAUGAAUUUCACAGCCCAGAGUUCAUGGGUGCAUGAGCCGUCUCUCAUUUUAAUGAUCAUGUAUUUAUACCAGUUAUUUCCUCCCAUCAUAAUAUGCUUGUGAAUGUUUUGAGAAUGGAUUUUUCUGUUGUACAGAACAAACUCCACAGCUGGGUAGAGCGCUCGCUGCAUUGAAUGAUGAUAUAUGCAUGUUACUGUAGGUCUGCAACGGGCAGAGUAUUAUACAAGUAUAUGUUAUCGGAUUUUUCCGUUGAGAUUGUACUGUUGUACAAUAUUGCUGAGUUUAAGUCUCAUUUCAUAUGUCAGAUGUGGUCGAAAGGGUUCAAGUUGUCAGAAUGCUUUAAAGAGCUGAGGUGUAAGUUAUUUGGCAUAGAAUUGAAAGUGAAAAUGUAAUUGUAAGGAAAAAGAAACAUUUACGUAAGUAAGUCUCUAACAAAUGAAGCGUUCAAAUUAUUCAAAACCUUUUUCGAACAGAUUAGAUUUUUGAUUUACAUGUACAAGUAAAUUUGGGUUCAAAAGCAGUUGAAAAUGCCGCAAUGAUGUCUCAUUGUGAAUAUACUUGUUCUUAUAUAAAAUGAAUGGCUUGGAAGCAAUAAAAUUGCUUUUCGAAACGUUUUGUUCACACACAAGGGCAUAGUAUGUAUUCAAAAUCCAAUCACAUUCUAAGAUCGUAACAAAUCAAUCAAACUAUGCUGGUCAAUGCGAUUUUACACUUUAUGCAAACAGUGUUUGUUAAUAUUCCAUACUAUUGAAUAGUUAAAUUUAUAUUUUAAACCUUCAAGGGUCCCAAGUUUUCACCUUGGAAAAAGUUUUUAACUUAAUUGUUAGCGCUUUUUUCUUUUGUUAAGAAUGUUUUAAAAGUGUAUAAAUAUUCAUUCCAUUCAGUAAAUUAUAAUAAGUCAAAUUGGUUGUUGACAAAAAAGUGUUAGAAUUUCUUACAAUUCAUUAAGUUGUACAGGGCUAUUUUGAUAAUUCUCAAGUUUGAAGUUUUAAAGUUACAUGUUACCGUACUUUGUUGUUCGCUGUUUAAAGUUUAAAUUGACGUUAAUGUUUAAAUUUCUAAGUAAAAACAUGAAAAGGAGUUGUUUGAUAAAAAACGUUAUAAAGUUAUCAUAAGUUUUAUAGUUAAAUGUAGUUUAAUGUUUUCAUGUUGACAUGUUCUUUAGAUUUCCAAUGUUUAUACGUAAAAUUAUUUAGAAUUUUUGUUCACAGUUGCUAGAAAUUCCACUGUUGUCCGAAAUGGACUUAUGUUACCAUACACCAAGUUAUUGUUCACAAAAAAUAACCAUGAAACCGGGAGUAAGCUUUGUGAGAAUCACAGAGAAAUUAACAUUUUGUUAAUGAUUAACUGACUGAUCGAGUCAGAGUAAUUAACAUUUUGUUAAUGAUUAACUGACUGAUUAAGAGUUUUUAACAUUUUGUUAAUAAUUAACAGACUGAUCGAGUAAUAAUAAUUAACAUUUUGUUAUUAGUUAGGAAAGUUUGUCUUUUUUUGCUGGGAUGAUUUCUCACAAAGCUUAUUUAUUUAUAAUUUUGAGUAUGAUGUAUUUAUGUACGAUCAAAUUUAGAUAAUUGGACACGCUGGACAGUGUAGGUCAUCAAACUGAAAUGCUCUCAGAUUGUCAUUCAAACAUUGUUUGUGGGAAAUGUUCCUUUUUUUCAAGAAAAAUAAAAUAUUUCAAGUUUG